AUGGCAUAUCAAAGUCUGUACACUAUCAGGGAAACUACAUUUAACUCUGAGCUUUAUGAUCUCAAAAUCACUCCGAAUUCCUAUCACCCCAAUCGACUAACCGAACCUCAUGGGAACGUUACAGUGAUUCUGAAAAGCAUCUUCACACGGAUGGCCUACACUCUGUGCAUUUACACCACUGUUAUCAUAUUUUUCUUCGCCUACGUGUAUAUAUUGUUCUACUUUGCGAUUCUACCCGAUCACCCACGUAUCACCGGUUAUUCAAAUCUGUUGCAACUGAACCCAGGUUUAGCAGUUGUUCCGAAUCCCAAUGUGCGCACAACCCUUGUCCACGUCCGGGUAUCGGAUCCUGUGUCCUAUUCCUCAAUGGUAGACGAAAUGACCGCAUUUCUAACUCACUAUCAAACACACACGGUUGGUGGGAUGUUUACAGAUUGUGAAAAGAAACAGGGAUAUGUGCAUUUCAGACGGGUUUGUCGAUACUCGUUGGAUGCUGGAGGACCAUGCAAUUUGAAAAAUGGAUUCGGGUUCUUUCGAGGUCAGCCGUGUUUUGCAGUCAAGCUGAAUCGCAUUUACGGAUGGUUGCCUGAUAUUUCAAUGAAUGUAACUGGUGUGCAGGUGAAAUGUGAGGGGCUUACAGAGACUGACGCGGCCUACCUGGGCAAAGUGUGCUAUUAUGAUAUGGAUUCUUUACAACGGCAUCACGGGCUGCACCGAGAUGCGGAAUGGUGUGAUAGAGAUUAUGGGAUAUUUAAUCAAAUGUACUAUCCUUUUCUAAAUCAAGGUCACUACCAGUCACCAAUCGUGUUCGUGCAGUUCCGAAAUCCGAAGCGAUACGUGGUUAUCUGGAUCAAAUGUUAUGCGAUAGCAAAAAAUGUUCACGUAAAUCUGGAGCAAAAUGAAGGUUCUAUGGUUUUUCAACUAUUGGUUGACUAA